AUGGCCGCGAAUGCCGCCAAGUGCGAGGUCCUCAUUUUUGGGGGUGCUACGCGUGAGCGGAAGCGGCUUAUGGAAGCUGAGUACCGGAAUUACCGGAGCCAAGGCGUGUCGCUAUAUGAACUGGAUUAUCAUGCGGCGUAUGCACGCUUCGUGCGUGCCAACCGCAACAAGGAGGCUUUUGUCCAGGGAUUCCCAGACUGGAUGAACAACGAGGACCAGCGUCGGGCCUGGAACUUGACGUACAUCGUCGGUAAUGACCUCCAGAACCUGACGGCGACACUCGAGGAUGCCCGGGGUGUCCUCAACACCAUGGAGAAAAGAAUUCAGGCCCAGCUGCAGCAGCUGGAGGGUGCUGGCAGCUUGCCCGCCAAAACGCAAAUAGAUGACCUGUCGCCGUGCAUCAUGAAAAAGAUUUACCCCUCCCAGUUCCCUGACCAGCCGGCUGUGUCGCUGCUGCUGAGGCUGCGGGGGGAUGUGGCCAACCCGGCGGAUUGGCCCCCCCCCAGCACGGAGGGUACUCCGGAACCACCAACGGGGAAAGGACCCGAGGUUGUGGCAGCCUUCAUCUCCAGGGCUCAGCAGUGCGCCUCGGUGGCGCCCCUGGAGCUGGUGGUGAUGCUCAGCGGCCCCUCAGUCCCCCUGCAGGCGACCACGUGGGCCUGGCAGUCCUGGCAGUCGGAUGGUUUCGUGGUGCCUAUUUUGGACACGCUGGAUCGUGAGGCUCACGCGCUCAACCGACUCGUGUCAGUGGCCCGUGGGUCAGUGCUGGUGGCACUGAGAGGCGACCGGUCCAACGUGGAUGACCUGCUGACGGGCUUCUUGGAUUGCAGCUGGCUGCAGCGCAUUGUGACGCUGUACCACCGCAUUCCGGCGUUGGGCGCCAUGACUCACGGGCGCUUCGCCUUCGCGUACCCGUCGGGCCGGCCUCGACUGCUGGGUCCCAGUCCCGAGGGGGAGGGGCCGUUCAAGAACAACAUGUUCUUCCGCGAGGCAAUGACGUCGAUUCCCUUCCAGUAUGCCAUGUACGGCGACUACAUGCCCAUGUCGUUCAGCAGCUACCUCCGCUUGGACUUGUGUCUGCGGUUAUGGAAGUCCGGGUGGCGGGUGGGGGCGCACGACGCGGGUCUGCUGCAGGAGCCGAUGCCCGAGGUGGGCCCCGCCCUCAACAGCGACACCACCAGGUGCUCUCCUGAUGUGGCCAAGCUGGCGGCACGACUUGUGGAAGCCCGUCACGUGCAGCCCGCCGCGGAAGCAGGGGACGCCGCGGCGGAGGGCCCCGCGCUGCAGGCGCUGGCUAUGCGGGUUCGUGAGCUCAACAUGCAGAAGUUGCAGCCGCUGGGGUCGGACAGUCUGGAGCAAUGUCCCAUGGAACAGGGCUGCAUUUCAAUGUAA